AUGGCUGGCCGCUUUGUGAGAGCUUCCAAGUACCGCCAUGUCUUUGGCAAGGGCACGAAGAAGGAGAUAUGCUACGACAACCUGCGCAUCUCCAAGAAUGCCUGGGACACGAACCUGAUCAAGGCCAACCCUGAGUACAUCUCCGUCAACUGGGAGGCAAGCGGCGGUGGCGCCUUUGCCGUCAUCCCCAUUGAGGAGCGUGGCCGUGCCCCCGAGCUGAUGCCCCUCUUCCGCGGACACACGGCCGCCGUCCUCGACACCGACUGGAGUCCCUUCAACGACCGAUUGAUCUCGUCCGCCUCCGACGAUGGCAAGGUCUUCAUCUGGCAAGUCCCGGAGAACUUCACUCUGCAGAGCGAUGGCGAGGAGCCUGCCGACGUUUCGCCCGUGGCUAGGCUGAGCGGGCACAUGAGGAAAGUCGGACACGUCCUGUUCAACCCGGCUGCCGAGAGCGUCCUCGCUAGUUCGUCCGGCGACUACACUGUGAAGCUUUGGGAUGUCGAGGCCGGUCAGGCCAAGCUGACCCUCAAGCACAACGACAUCGUGCAAUCGCUGUCCUGGAGCGCCGACGGCUCUCAGCUAGUCACAACAUGUCGCGACAAGAAGCUGCGUGUAUGGGACGUUCGCCAGGAGAAGCCCGCCCAGGAGGUUGCUGGCCACCCUGGCGCGAAGAACAGCCGUGCCGUCUGGAUGGGCGAGACUGACCGCAUUGCGACCACUGGUUUCUCCCGCAUGAGCGAUCGUCAGUUGGGUCUAUGGGACCCCCGCAACCCCAAGGAGCCCAUUGGCGGAUUCCAGAUCCUCGAUUCUAUCUCCGGUGUCUGCAUGCCUUUCUGGGACGACGGCACACAGUGUCUGUACCUCGCAGGCAAGGGUGACGGCAACAUCCGCUACUACGAGUACGAGAACGACAAGUUUGAGUACCUUUCCGAGUACUCCUCGCCCAACCCGCAGCGAGGUGUUGCUUUCAUGCCUAAGCGCGGAAUCAACCUACACGAGAACGAGGUGCUGCGCUGCUUCAAGACUGUUAACGACAGCUUCAUCGAGCCCGUCUCUUUCAUCGUGCCCCGCCGCGCCGAGAUGUUCCAGAGCGAUAUCUACCCACCUACAAACGGCCUCAAGGCUGGUGUUACUGCCGAAGAGUGGUUCGGUGGUAAGACCGCGAUGCCGCCCAAGAUCUCGCUCGAAAGCAUCUACGAUGGCGAGGCACCCAGAGAGGUCCCCUCUGACUACAAGCCGCCCCAGCCCGCAUCUGCUCAGCCAUCGCCUGUCAAGGCUGAGGCACCCAAGGCUGCCCCAGAACCGACACCUGCGCCUGUUCAGUCUCGUGGACCGCCACCGCAGUUGAAGGACAACAAGGACUCUCUGUCUUCCCAGGCCGACCGGUUCGCCGAAAAAGACGUCGAUUCAGACAAGGAGAGCGAGUCCAGCUUCGAGGAGGUAGCCAAGCCAGUUCAGCGCCCAUCUGUCACUGCUGCGAAGCAAGAGGAGAAGACAAGAGGCCCGGUCAUCACCAAGGAACCUGAGCAACCAAAGUUCACGCCCGCGCCCACGUCUGCUCCUGCGCAGUCAAAGCCUUCUACACCGCCUGCCCAGUCCACACCUAGCCCAGCGGCUGCAUCUGCCUCCUCGUCAACCCCGAGCGCUGGCGGGCCCGCUUCGGCCCUGCGUGAUGCGCUGGGUGACAUCAAGUCCCAGCUCGAGCACCAGAACAAGGUCAUGGCCGAUCAGUCGGACCAGAUUGCGCUGCUGCUGCGCGAAGUCACACAGCUGAAGGCCAAGGCCGGUGCUCAAUCACAAGAACCGUCAGCUCGCGAGAAGGACGAGCGCAUCAGGCAAUUAGAGCUUGAGCUCGAGGAAGCGAGGUCUUGA